AUGUCGGCAUGGCAAGACGCGCCCGAUUUAGGCGCGUAUACGGCCCAGGCCGACAGUGAUGAGGAAGUGUUGGCUGAGCUGGAGCGCGAGGUUGAGGCGCUCAAUGAGGCGGAUGCCGACGAUGCCGAACGCGUUGCCGGCAAGGGACGGGGCUCGGACGACCGCGAUCUUUCUCAAGUGUUUGAGGAGUAUCGCGCUCAGCGCCUCGCUGAAAUGCAGGCACAAAUAGCUGCACGUAUCGGUGCCGAUACAAGCGAUCCUAAUCGCGGCAAGUACGUGCAAGUCGAGGACGAAAAGGCGCUGCUCAGCUCGAGUGUGCGCGAGCCGAAAGUCGUGAUUCACUUCGCGAAGAAAGAGUUCCGGCGAUGCCAUAUUCUCGACCGGCAUCUCGAGCACCUCGCACGGCAGCAUCCAGGCACACUGUUUCUCAAGACGUACGUGGAGCACGCGCCUUUUCUUGUCCAGAAGCUCGAUAUCCGUGUCCUGCCCUGCCUCAUGGCGUUCGUGCAGGGCGUAUGCAAGGACAAGAUGAUCGGAUUCCAAGAAUUUGGAAAUAGCGAUACAUUUACUACGGCCGCCUUGGAAUGGCGUCUUGGACAGACAGGCGUGAUUUUGCCGCAGCAAAAGCCCAGUAAGCCGAUCUUGGGCUUCGGUGUGCCUACCGCCGCGCCGGAGCCCGACGAUUGGGACUAG